UAGACCUUGAGUUGAGUUCAUAAGGUUUAUGGAGUUAUGGUUAUGGAUAUUUCAGAAUUUAAGGAUGUUUAGGUUAAGGUGUACCGAAUAAAGUGGAGAAAAUAAAGUCUAAGCCCUAAGAUGAGCCCUGAUAUUUUAUUUAAGUUUAUGAAUGCAGUAUAAGACAAUUUACAAUGUUUACUUUUAAAAAGGUAGCUAGUUUUUGUUGUUCCAAGAGGAUGUUGUCAGCUAAUGGAAAUUUUAGAAUAAUAUUAGAACAUUUAAAAGAAAGAUCUCUCAUUCGUGUAGCAGGUGAAGAUGUAGAAGCACUUUUGCAAGGUUUAAUUACUAAUGAUAUUCAUCAUCUGGGCCAAUAUUCAGGUGGUUCAAUGUACACAAUGUUUUUGAAUACAAGGGGAAGAGUUUUAUAUGAUACUAUGAUAUACAGAGCCGAAGAAAAUAAUACUUAUUAUGUGGAAUGUGACAAAUUUGCAGUAGAACCUAUUCAGAGACAUUUAAAAAUGUAUCGUGUUAAACGUAAAGUUGAAAUUUCUAGUUUGGGUGAAAAAUAUGCAAUUCAUUCAUUAUUUAAAUUUAGAAGGCUAAGCCUAGACAGUAAUUCAAAAUUAAACAGAAUUGAAGGUGUUAUUAUGCCGUGUGAUAAACUAAAAGGUACUUUGCCAGAAACUUCAUCUACUCUUAAAAUAUAUAAGGAUUUAAUAAUAUUCAAGGAUCCUAGGGUUGUAGAAUUAGGUUCUAGAAUAAUAUCAAAAGUAGGCACUAACGUAAAAGAUCAAAUCUGUGAAGUAAUAGGUAAUGUUGAUACACCUACUGAAGACAUGAAUUAUAAAAUCUUUCGGUAUAGUCUUGGAGUUGGAGAAGGAUUUAAUGAUUUGCCUGUUGCUAACUGUUUUCCGUUAGAAUGCAACUGCGACUAUUUACAUGGCAUUAGUUUUCAUAAAGGUUGUUAUAUUGGGCAAGAACUUACAGCAAGAACCCAUCAUACAGGAGUAAUUCGUAAACGUUUAAUGCCAUUAUAUUUUAAUCAAAUUCCUACAAAGUUACCAACUGAUAAUGUUAUUUUAUACAAAAAUGUUAACUUGGGUCGACUUAGAGGUAUUGAAGGCAAUGUGGGUUUAGCUUUAUUAAGAAUUAGUAAAGCUUUAGAUUUUGGUGAAUUUAGUGUAGGAAACGGUAUAGCAAAAGUAAUCAAGCCUAGUUGGUGGCCUCUUGAAGCACCCAAAGAAAAAGUGAAUGUAGAAAAAAACUGAUUCAUUUUAAUAUUACUUUAUUAUUAUGUUUUAUAUAAAAAAUUGCAGUGAGUUACCUGAAAUGAAACAACAAUAAGCAAUACAUAAUGUUAAUGAGAAUGCUAAUAAGAAAAUCUGGAAUUGUUGAAAAAACUACAAUUGAAUUGUACCAAUAAACAGAUUUUUUUUCAAUGUAAUUAAUUUAUUAAAGAUGUGAUUCCAUUAAAAACAGUUAUUUAAUUAAAAAUCUUUGUAAUUGUUAUAUCUGGAUACAAUAGUAGCGACUGGUAGUCAUAAUUUAAUAAUGAAAUGUGGGACCCAUACUCUUAUUAGGUGAUUAUUUCUUUGCUCACAUAGAAAACUUCUGAAUUAAAUUUUUGAAAUAAAAAGUUAAUAUUGUGAUAACCUCCUCUGUGACCUCAAAAGAGAGUUGCAUGUAUAUAAGUAAAUACUGUCUAUAUUGCGGGGUCAACGAGGUCAAGUAAAACUUUCUUUUUACUUUUCAUUUUAUGAAGGAAAGUCGUCCCUUUGGUCGCCCCUGUCAAAAAUUCUGCUUGGGUUUAAACGUGCAAAAGUGUAGUAGAAAGAAAUAUACAUGGUGUAUUUAAAUGGAGGGGUACAAAUGAUACCAGAGAUUCCUUGGGUGAAAAUAACGAUUUAACCCAAGUCGCAUAAUAAAAAAGAUAGGAUAUCAAAGUGAAACCCCAGUAUACAGCUUUUAGUAACAGAAUAUGAAAUACUGGAUUUUUUUGAACAAAAAAAGUAUAUUGAAAAUGUCUAAAGCCAGUUGGGAGAUAUUUUUAAUUUCAUAAAUUAGUGUUACGGAUUUACACCUCCAUGAAUACCAAGCUACAGACACUUUUGUUAAUAAAUUUAGAACACAUUGCCUCACAGUACUUAUUAGUUGCGUAUCUGUAUUUUAAAAUUCGACCAAAAGGGGGCGCAGGAAUCAACUGAGACCAUAUUAUUUUUCCUGUGUUAAAUUUACUUUACUCUUUUUGCAUAUAAUUUUAGCAUGUGUCAGUACACUUGUUGCAUAAUUUCUAUUUAAUUGUUUUUUCGGUAUCUUUAUUAAAAAACAAAUUUUCUUGUGCAUGUGAAAUUAUUUAAACCCUGCAUUAAAGAAAUCUCGUAAGAAAUAACAGUUCAGGUGAAAAUAUAUUGCGCAAAACAACUAAAACCAAUAGAUAAUUUAAGAGAAACAAUUGGCUGACAAUAAAAACAAACAAGAUUUUUUAAAGGAUAUUUUCAAAGUAAUUUCCUUUUUUUUGUAAGCAUAAUCUAAUUCUACAAUUAAAAUUACGACGAACUUUUGAAAAAAUAUGUAUGUCAUUCUUUACUUUCUCAGCUGUUGCAAAAAUUCUUUUACGAAGCAUCUCCACAAUAGUGUUGGAAUAAACAACAUUUUUUAAGUGACCCCAUAAAAAAUAGUCCAAGGAUGUGAGAUCCGGUGAUCGCGCAGACCAUUUGACUGGAGCAUCAUUCCCUCAACCUAUCCAUCUACCAGGAAAAUUUAAAUUUAACCAUUAUCUAACAGCUAAUGUACUAUGAGCAGGAGCUCUGUCAUGUGUGUACCAUAUGUUUUCAUGGAUAGCUAGUGGCACAUUUUCAAGCAAUAUUGGGAGUUGCUCAUUUAAAAAUCUCACGCCGAGGAAGAAUAAAUGGACCAAUAAGAUAAUCUCCUACGAUUCCUGCCCAUACAUUUAAACUAAAAUUCUGUUGAAAUUUGGAUGUACUUACAAACUUAGUGAAGAUUUUCAUCAGACCAUGAGUGAUUAUUGUAAUGGUUCACUAAACCAUGUCUUUGAAAUGACGCUUCAUCACCAAACAAAGUACUGGAUAAAAUAUUUUUGUUUUCCCUUGAAAUGUUCAUAUAUCAUUGACAAAAAUGUAUCCUGUUAGAUAAAUCCCCAGCAGUUAAUUCCUGCACAGGUUCUAGAUGGUAGGGGUAUAAAAGAUAAUCAUUCACAAUUUUCCAAAUCGUAGUAUGUGAAAUGUUAUACUGUGUCGCCAAUUUUCUGGUACUAGUUUCAGAAUUCUGAUCUUGUAAAUUGACAAGGACAACUUCUUCAAGUUCUAGAUCACGAAUAAGACAUCUUCUGCCAGUACCUUCAGGACGAAGUUGAGUGUGUCUGUUUCCUUGAAGUCUUCUUUCUAACACCGCAAAAGUUUUUCUAGCAGGAACAAGACGAUUGCUAUAUCUGGCAUGAUAAAUUCGUACAGCAGCAGCACAGUUCUUGUAACAUUCAAAAAAUACUUGCAACAUAUUGACAUACUCAUCAUUAGUAGGUAUACAUAAUUUGUUAUUUUAUUUUAUUCAAAUCCAAAACUAUUUAAUAUUUAGGACGCAGGUAAAUGGUGACUAAAAUCGCUUUAAACUAAUACUUCAAAACUCAAAUGACAUUUACCUACUUGAUUUUUUAAUUUAUUUAAGCAACUUGAACCUUGGUAUUAGCGGAGGUAUAAAUCUGUAACAUUAAUUUAUGAAAUUAAAAAUAUCUCCUCAAUGGUUGGCUUUAGCCAUUUUCAAU